AUGGAAACUUUAGCAGAUGACCUACAAACAAAACUAAAGGUAGAGGAGGAAGUGAAGAAGGAUGGACCUGAAGCCGAAAAUGCAGAGAAAAAGCCGGAUGAGAAAGAUGAAGAAUGUGCACCGGAAGAACAUCACGAUAAAUUUAACCCUCAUGCUUAUCUGAAUGCUUUUUAUAAAUCUGCCACAGAAGAUACGGCUAUGCAGGUUGUACUUUUCUUCCUUCCCGGCAUCCUCUAUCGUGUGCCCGGCAAAAUUUCCACGUUUCUGGACCUCGGAGCGGGACCAACAGUUUAUUUUCCAAUCGCUAUAAGACAUCGAGCUGAAAGGAUAUUCUCUUCUGAUUAUGCGCCAGCAAAUCGAGCAGCUCUAAUUGAGUGGGCCGAGAAUAAAUCGUCAUUUAAUUGGGGCGAGGUAUGCAAAUGGAUUGCAUCGAUCGAAGCUUCAAAUGAGAGCCAAGAACAAAUGGAGAAAGGGGCACGGGAUAAGCUGCAGGCCAUUUUGGAGGUCGACGUGCAUGCAAAGCCCGUUGUAAAGCAGGUGCAAUGGAAAAAGGACCCGGGUGUCGACGUGCCAAAAAAGUUCCAGGUGGUAUCGUCAGUGUUUUGUUUGGAAUAUUCAUGCGAGACGUAUGACGGGUAUAUUGAGGCUGUCACUAGUGCCGCAUCGUUGGUAGAAGAUGGAGGGUAUUUGAUAUUGGGAGGAGUCCUCGAUGCCACUUCCUAUACUUUUGAUGGCAAACAAUUCCGGUCGCAUCGCCUUCAUAAAUCGCACAUCAUCGACGCAUUAAGGGUGAACAACUUCGCGCACAUCGAAAAAACGGAUGAAUUCAAGUACAUUGAAGCCGAAGAAAUCUUUUUGUUGUGCUCAAAAAAGUUGUAUUCAAAGCGACGAACUUGCCCUAAGAAUCCUUCUAUUCAACAGGUCGUCAAGACCUUUUCUGAUAUUCAUCAACGACUCCAAGAUACAUAUUUUGAUUUUCAAGUCAAUGGAGUCGUCUGUUUGGAAGGAAUCCGAUUUUUAAAAAGUGUUGAGGUAAAAGGGCUAGGUGAAAAUCUUCUGUUUCUAUCGACACUUGCACGAGAGGUUUAUACUCACCUCGAUAAAGACAUCGAAGCAUUAUCCCAUGAUGUCGAAUCCGAAAUCAGGCUUCGUACCGGUUAUUGGAAGGAUGCAGAAGAAUUAUAUUUGCGUAUUUUUCCCGAACCGGUGGCUGGCUGUAAUGAAUAUGCUACUCUGGCACUCCAAGAUGUGCCAGAGAAUUUGGGUAAACCCAAGAUGGAGGAACUAAACGACCUCUCGGAAGCGGUCCACCUCGUCUAUCUUCUUCGGCACCAGCUUCCACAGGGGAAGAAGACGACGAAAAGGAGUGUGUCACUAGCUCCAACACAACUACCACCGGAACUACCACCACCCGUUGUGAUUCACAUCGAACCUCCACCAAUCGAACCGGAACCCAUUCAAAUUGAAGAAGAGGCAAAGCCGCCGGUAAUGGAUGCAGACAUUUAUGAUGAUCCACACGAGGGGGCACACGUCUCAAUGGAUUAUGAAGGACAACACCACACGUAUCUUGAUGUUGAGAUGAUGGAACAAGAAGAGGAGAAUGAAGAAGACGACCUAGCCUUGGAGUGGAUUACUGAGAUAUCAGCAACAAUUAUUUCCGAAGCGCUGAGUCAAGUUCGGAUGCGUUUGUAUUAUGAAGACGUUGACGAGCAAGUUGAUGAUGAGCCCCAAGGAAGUCACGUACCAACAACCGUAUUGAUGAGGGAUUUGAGCUUACAUCAUAUGGAUGAGGAGCACUAUAAUCUCGCACCAUUCGAUCCAUUGGAUGCUUUCGAAAGAAGCGGAAAGAUCGAUCAACAAGUCGAUAUUCCGGUGAUCAUUAGCAAGGCAAAUGAUGUGGUCAAUAGCUUUCGGAGGCGCGGCCUUUACGAUACCCCAAACCCAUACAGAAACCGAGAGAAACGAGUUUCGGAGGGAGAUUCGGGGGGGCGCGAUUCAAAAACCCAGAGGAAAGAUGAGGAAGAAGCAAAUUCUGAAGGGGUGGAAAUUGAUUCACGUGGCUGCGAGACGCCUAUGAAUACACCAUUUGAGCCGAGCAUACUGCAUAGCCGCGAAAUUGCCAGCGGAGUGUUCGAAGGUCUGCAGGUACCCCGAUAUGAAUGUGAAACACCGCAAAAUACUCCAUUUGCCAAUUCGUAUCUUCAGGUUCAUGAAAACCAUCAGCACUUAUAUUUGGAUGAGCUUGAUGAUCGGAUUAGCCAUUUGGCGAAUAGCGAUGGGGAUAUGGAAGGACAC